GGGAGCGCAGGGCGGGAGCGGGGCCUUGCCAUGGCGCUAAAGGCUGUGUGGCUUCCCCAGAGCGACGACUCGGACAUCUGGGACGACACGGCCCUCAUCAAGGCGUACGACAAGGCGGUGGCCUCCUUCAAGAAUGCCUUAAAGAACGGGGAGUGCUCAGAGCCUUCAGACAAGCAGGAGCAGCGCAUGAUGAUAAAGAGAAAAAACCAUAAAAAGAACAGAAAUAGAAACAAGAGCAAUACAGCGCCUUUGAAACAGUGGAAAGUUGGUGACAGCUGCAGUGCUGUUUGGUCUGAGGAUGGUAAUUUGUAUCUAGCAACUAUUGCCUCCAUCAACCAGAAGAGAGGCACAUGUGUUGUCACUUACACAGGAUAUGGAAAUCAGGAGGAGCAGAACCUGUCUGAUCUACGUCCUCCAACCAGUGAUGAGACAGUAAAUGGGAUGAGCCAUUCUGGGGAGGCACAAGCUGAUGGAGGGAAUGAAUGCAUCCCUUUACUUUUUGAACUCAGUGUGGAAGAAAGGGAGGGGACAACAAGAAAUUCACCAGUGAAAGAUGACAUAGCUCAAAUGAAUGAAAAUGAAACUCCAUAUUCAACAGAUGAAAGUGAAAAAUCUUCCCAGUCUUCUCGAAACAAAAAUGGCUGCACAAAAGCAAGAUUUUCCCCUCAGAACUUGAGAUUUCCUACACCACCACCACCACCACCAGGCCUAGGAAGGUCUGGAUCAAAAUUCAAGGCACCUCCAUCAUUUUUAUCUUGCUGGCCCCCACCCUUCCCAGCAGGACCACCAUUGAUUCCUCCUCCACCACCCAUGAGGCCAGACUCCGCUGAGGAUGAUGAAGCAUUGGGGAGCAUGUUGAUAGCCUGGUACAUGAGUGGUUACCACACUGGAUAUUACCUGGGUUUAAAACAAAGCCGAAUGGAAGCAUCGCUGGGGAGACAAACACAUGCUAAGUAACCGAAUAUCCACCAUUGUUCUGGAGGAUUCCAGGUACAAAUCUUUUCCAUUGAGAGGUGUAUAUCACUUAUGCAUUGGGGAUUGAUGGUGAAGAACUGAAUUUUUAUCAAGACAAUUAGUCAUAAUGUUUUCUUAACACUGAGCUGUCCCUGUUAACAAAUAAAUAAUUUCAGACUAGUAAUUAAAUGUGCAUUGAAAUGAGCUAUUUCUUAAAAGACCUCUAGUCAAAUGUAUUUCAGAAGCACUGCAGCAGCAAAGUACUUUUUACUUCCUUGAGGCAAUUUCAAGACUUCUUAUUGCAUGUUAGAUUUAACUCUUUUGACCCCAUGUGAUAGAUUUUAUUUAUCUCUCAACAUGUCUUGCAUUCCUCAGGCUUUCUGUCUGAAUGGCAGCACCAGAACGAUUGAUUAUGGUAUCCUCUUUUAGGAGAAAGCUGUGGCAGCAAUGUGUGUUGCAGUGGCCACUGGUGCCACUGGCAUGGGAAACAGUGUGCUGUUGUAGUAGGAGGGACAUCUUACAGGUCUGAUUAGAAUCAUGAAAUUUGACAGCUGGUUUCAGAAAGGCUGUUGUCUCAUUUCAAAUGUGUGAAUAAAGUUCUGCUUUUUAAACUUUGA